CUCCCGUCGGGGCGGGACCAACAUCUGAUCGGCGGGGCAAAACCAGGCGGCGGCGAGGCCAGGCAGCGGGCCGAAGACUCCAGACACACCAGCGCCCCGCGACCCCCUGCACCCACCGGCACCAUGAGCGGCCGAGUCGGGGACCUGAGCCCCCAGCAGCAGGAGGCGCUGGCCAGGUUCCAGGACAACCUCCAGGACCUGCUGCCCACCCUGCCCAAUGCUGACGAAUACUUCCUCCUGCGCUGGCUCCGAGCUCGGAACUUUGACCUGCAGAAAUCUGAGGACAUGCUCCGGAAGCACAUAGAAUUCCGGAAGCAACAGGACCUGGACAACAUCCUCACAUGGCAGCCCCCAGAGGUGAUCCAGCUGUACGACUCUGGUGGUCUGAGCGGCUAUGACCCUGAAGGCUGCCCCGUGUGGUUCGACAUCACUGGGACCCUUGACCCCAAGGGUCUUCUCCUGUCAGCCUCCAAGGAAGAGCUGAUCCGGAAGCGCAUCAAGAUCUGUGAGCUGCUUUUGCGGGAGUGUGAGCUGCAGAGUCAAAAGCUGGGCAGGAAGAUCGAGAUGGUACUGAUGGUGUUUGACUUGGAGGGGUUCGGCCUGAAACACCUGUGGAAGUCAGCUGUAGAGAUCUACCAGCAGUUUUUUGCCAUCCUGGAAGCAAAUUAUCCUGAGACGCUGAAGAAUUUAAUUGUCAUUCGAGCCCCCAAGCUCUUCCCUGUGGCCUUCAACUUGGUCAAGAUGUUCAUGAGUGAGGAAACACAAAGGAAGAUAGUGAUUCUGGGAGGCAACUGGAAGCAGGAGCUGCCAAAGUUCAUCAGCCCUGAGCAGCUGCCCAUGGAGUUUGGGGGGACCAUGACUGAUCCUGAUGGCAACCCCAAGUGCCUGACCAAGAUCAACUAUGGGGGUGAGGUGCCCAAGAGCUACUACCUGCGCAACCAGGUGAGGAUGUAGUAUGAGAACAAGAUGACGGUGGCCCGAGGCUCCUUCGUGCAGGUGGAGAACGAAAUCCUGUUCCCGGGCUGUGUGCUCAGGUGGCAGUUCGCAUCUCAUGGGGCCGACAUCGGCUUCGGGGUUUUCCUGAAGACCAAGACGUGUGAGCGGAAGCGGGCGGGGGAGAUGGUGGAGGUGCUCCCCAUCCGGCGCUACAAAGCCCACCUGGUACCUGAGGAUGGGAACCUCGCCUGCCUCAAGCCCGGCGUCUACGUACUGCGCUUCGACAACACCUACAGCCUGAUACACACCAAGAAGGUCAGCUACACUGUGGAGGUGCUGCUCCCAGACAAGACCUCUGAAGAGAAGAUUCAGGGUCUUGAGGCAAGGAGACCGUCCCCAGCGCAAUGAAGACCCCUGAUACCUCUCAGUCCCUGUGCUCUUCAACCCCUUAGUACCCCCUCCCUGUCCCUUUCCCUCCUGAGCAGCGUGGUGUUUGGAGGAGCCACCCCCCUCCCCACAUCACCAUCUCGGCUCUUCGUGGGCUCACUUGGCAUGGUGGCAGAGCAGGAAGGGGACAUCCAGCUCAUAGGCCACCUUGAGGAUUCAGACAGGCACCUGAUCUCCUGUUUGCAGAGACUGAGAAUGGGGACGCUGAGGAUGAACCAGGAGCCACUGAGGGAGGGUCCUGCCCACAGAAGCUGCCCUUAUGUCACUCCUGAUGAGGUCCACCGUCUCAGGACUCACCCACACCUAGUGACCCGGCUUGGGGGCGUGUGCAUGAGUCCCAGGCCAGGCAGCGAGCACAGCGUCAAGUCUGAAGAGCAGGGAAGCCCCCAUCUCUGCAUGUGGGGGCUCGACACCGAUAGACAAGGCCAGCUGGAGGCAGCUGGGUGGAGGGAUGGGACCAGCCGGGUGGUGGAGCUGAGGGUCUUGGUUCUGGCAGGGCACCAAAGCCUCUUCAGAGUCUCCUUACUGGCUUUGGAGGGAAGAUCAGAAAUGGAGCAUGAGGCCCAGCGGGGAUAACCAUCAGGAAAAGCCACGCUCAGCCACACAGAGCUAAAUGGGUGAAGACUGAGUCUCUCGGAAUUCUCAGUGACCCCCGCCUCCUCCUCACCUGCUGUGAUCCAGCUGACAUUCAGCUUGGGUUCUUUCUGGCUCUGAGUAAGGACCAGGAUGGUAGCAGAGCUGGAGUGAGGUGGAACAUGCUGGAAUAAGGUAGAACGCACCUGGGUGGGGCUGCCAUCCCAGGGUGCUCAUCCCAGACUUGAUUUACUUCUUGGAGAAACAUCAAGCUUUUCCUCCGUCUUUGUGUGUCACUAGAGGGACAGCUAGUGUCUGCCAGCUCCCCACCAACCCACCCCAAAUGCGACUCCGUAGCUGGCCAGUGAUGGCUUCCAUUUCCUAAAGGCUGGCUCUCCUGGUGCCCCACGCCCACAGUCAGGACUGCAGUCCGCUCUUCUGGACAAACCGCACCCAGCAGAGCAGACCUUGCCCGGAAUGAGCCAGUGAAGCUGCUGAGUGGUCAGAUGUCCCUGUCAAAGGGGAUCCUUGCUGCAAAGGAUUAACAUCCUGGCCAUCGAGACCCUUGCCAGAGACCGGAAGCCUCAGCAAACAGCAACAUCCAGGUGCUUUGUGAAUAAGAACCCGGUUCUAGCCCCCUUCUUGCUCUCAGAGUCUGUGAUUUCAUUUUCACUAUUUAAUAGAUUUCCUGAUUUCCCAGGGCCUGUUCUUCCCAGGUAAGAAAAUGAUGAGGCUUGUGAAGGUGGGUCUUCAGGUGAGCUCUGUGAGGUCCUUGGGGCCCCAGGCCUGCCCUCUGUGGCAGCCGCAUCACCCAUGGUUCAGCACAUAGUCUGAAAAGGGGGCUCUGCUGCUGUGAAAAGCAAACUAACUAAAGGAAAUAAAAUACGAAAAGCUGGUGCACUGA